UAAAAGUCAUUGUUUUAUUUGAAAGUUAAAGUGUGUGCGUUUCAUUUUCAACAGUGACCAUUUUUGUUGCGGAAAUUAUUGUUUCCAUAAGCUAUAUCAAUAUCGUGAACCAACAAAGUUUUGACAAAAAUGCCUAAAUUAAGUAAAAAUGAUCUACUAGAAGUAAUUAGUCUUUUACGGCUUGAUGUGUUCUUUUUGUUGGCUAUGCUGGGCUCUUCCAUUCCAUCGAUUACCAUUAACCAAUUAGCACAAGAUAAGUGGUGUCUCAACUCGUUCUCGGGAAACCAAUCAGUUUGCUUGAACCUGGAAAACUCUGGUACAGAAUAUGAGUCCUUAAGAAAUGAAGUUCUGAAAAAAGCGACAACUUUGAAAAUGUAUACAACCAUCUUAAAGACGAUUCCUGGUAUACCCACAUCAUUAUUUCUUGGAUAUUGGAUUGAUACAUAUCCAGGUCACAUUCGUUAUCUCCUAACAUUCGGUCCAAUUACCAUAGUCAUUCAAAAUCUAAUGAUUUGGUACCAGUGCAUCCAUUUUGAAACAGGAGCGAUGUCUUUAUUAUAUACAUACAUUGUACCCGCGCUUACCUCGAGCUUGGUAGCAACUGGAGCCUUUACAUAUGCAACUCGAAAAACACCGCCCAAGUAUCGAGCGAUCAGAUUCACCGUAUUGGAGAUAUUUGUCAUUGCAGCAAUGCCGUUAUCUUCAUCUAUUGGUGGUCUUCUUUUGGGAAUGAAGCCUUGGUUAUCUAGUCAACUUCGUAAUUACAUCGGUGUCAUCAUCGUAUCAACUGCUUGUUCAUUGAUUGCUGCCAUUUGGAGUGCAAUUAUGAUCACAGAUACAAGUCACGAUAUUGCAAAACAAGAAAAUGAGACAACAAACGAUGAAAAUAGUGAAGAUAAACCUCGAAAUUCAACCAACCCCGAUACGAUUGAUAAAAAGAAGGAGAAAACUUUAACUGAAAAGAUUUCAGAAGUUCUCCAAUUUGGUAAUCUGAUUAAAACUGUUCAAACAGCGCUAAGACCUCGAGAAAAUAACCAAAGAGCCGCUUUACUUAUGAUAAUAUUGUCAAUGAUCAUUUGUAAUAUUGGCUACCUGGGUGAAACUGAAAUUGGCCUACAAUUUGCCCAAAGAGUGUACCAUUGGAGUUCUGAACAUUAUUCUUAUAUGACUUCCGUUAUGAUCAUUCUUCCGGCAAUUUUAAUUUUCGCUACUCCGGCCAUUUUAAUCCAUAAGUAUAAUCUACACGACACUGUUAUCGGAAUCUUGGGUAGUUUAUCUCUCGUAUCAUUGUUACUUAUUAAAGGAAUAUUCUUGAAUCAAACAGCUUUUCUAAUCGGAGUGAUUCCUGGUGGAUUCAUUGGCCUCUUACCCAUCGUUAAUAGGACAAUCGUUUCAAGAAUUAUUCGUGCCAAUGAAAUUGGUCAAAUUUACUCACUCAUUUCAAGUAUCGAACCUGCUGGACCCUUGAUAUCAUCUGUUCUUUAUACGAAAAUUUUCAAUGCGACAAUUGAUGAUUACCCAGGUACUGUUUACAUUGUUAUUGGAACUAUUUGCUCUUUUCCAACAUUCGUGACAUUUUGGCUCUACAUAACAAAAGAUCAGUGGGAUUUAGUUCUAAUUGGCGAAAAAGCAAAGGCAAUUAAUGGUGAUAACAAUGAUAAAAACAACCAAUCAACUUCCACUCGUGGCGAUGCAACCUCAAAGAGCACAACUUUAAGCAGCGUCUCUUUUCAAAGUGAUCAGCAUGUUGUCCAGAUUCGGGAUGAACUUAACGAGAACAAUUAACCAACAACAUGGUAAUCUAAAUUGUGAAAGAAAAAGUUAGAUGAUUGUUAAUUGAGAGAGAGAGAGAGAGAGAAAAAGCUAAUUCUUAUGAAAAUAUCAUCAAUAGAGGGCAGAAUAUGUUUCAUAGUGAACAAUUAACUUAAGAGAGAUCGCUAGACUUCAAUCGUUUACAAAAUAAAUGAAACUGACGAGUUUAUAAUGAAUACCAAUAAAUUUAUUACCAGCAAUUAAA